GAUAUAUGUAGCCUUUAAGCUUUGGGUCAGCAGUUGGCAGCUUUACAUUGAGCGCAUACGGAAUAGUCGAGUUGGCACACGUGCAUUGUAAACACUUGAUGACUCGCUUCUCUUGUUAUACCCUUGUAUGGGAUAUAUUGAUUUUGUCUUUCUUGACAGAAAAUAGCAUCAAGCAGUUGACGGUUCCACACAUCCCUCAGCAAAAUUGUGUGGCGGAACGUGCUAACCGAACUCUGGUAGAAAUGGCUAGAAGUAUGAUGCUGCAGGCUGCUGUUGGAGUUUGGCUAUGGGCAGAGGCUAUUAACACUGCUGCCUAUCUACGCAAUCGAUCCGAGACGUCUACUUUACCAGGAAUGACUCCAAUUGAAUCAUGGACAGGGAAGAAGCCAACUGUGUUACACUUGAAGGUUUUUAGGUCUAAAACUGUCGUGCUGGACAAAACCCAGAAAAAGAAGUUUUAUCCAAGAGGCCAGGACCAUGUUUUGGUAGGAUACUCUGAAAUUUCAAAAGCUUAUCGUUUGUAUAAUCCUAGACCAUGAUGACUGUGCUCGGAUCGAACAAGAUUCUGGUACUUCUAACGUUCAACUUGAGAAGCUUAAAGCCGUUCCAGUUGACGUGUUUUACGAAAUCCCGAACUUGUCUAAUGACCAAGACGAUGAUGCACCUGUCGGCGAGAACCCUGAUGAAGAAGGAGGAGAGCUUUCUUCUGAUGAGCUUCCUAACGAACCAGCUGAAUGGAGAAGUCGUGGGCGAGCAAAGAAAGUGUACACUGGCUUACCCGGACGACCACGUAAGCAGUACAAUAUGGUCAAUACAAUGUAUGCUGAAGAAGUUCCCGUCCCUACGAGUGUGAACGAGGCGAGGCAAUGAGUAUGCAUAAUUCUGCUGAAUGGAGAGCUUCUAUGCAGAAGGAGAUGGAGAGUCUUCAAGCCAAUGCGACCUGGACGUUGGAGGAUCUCUCAGAGGGUCAGAAAGCUAUCGGAUCGAAAUGGGUGUUUGCAGUGAAGCGUGACAAGACGGGCCAAGUAGAGCGGCUAAAUUCUCGACUAGUUGCAAAGGCAUGCGCUCAGCGAUAUGGCGUUAAUUUUACGGAGACGUAUGGCACGUUAUUCGUCUAUCAAGCUCGUCAUUGCUCUGGCAGUUAAGAAUGGUUUGUACAUGCACCAAAUGGACGUAUCGUCUGCCUACUUGAACAGUGAAUGCUGUUUACAUGCGCGAACCACAAGGAUUUAUCGAUGAGCAAUACCCGAAGCGAGUGCUGAAGCUACACAAAUCUUUAUACGGGUUGAAGCAGAGCGGCCGAGAAUGGAAUGAGCGGUUAGAUGCGGUGCUGCUCAAAAUUGGAUUUGUACCGUGUCCUAGCGAACCUUGUAUCUAUA